AUGGAGCGACGUCAGAACUCACCCAACAAGCUCGGUGACACUGACACCCGCUUCUACUCCCACAUCCCGAAGACCAAGGUGCAACCUCCCCAGCAAAUCAGGACCCGUCACUUCCCAAGCAUUACCCGCCUUCUGUCAGUGCUCAAAACAAUCCGCAGCAGCAUUGGGCCAAACAGAGUCCUGCAUUUGCUCUCUCUUUCCCACGAAGCUGAAGAGGGAAUGUCGUUUACGCGGCAAGUGGUGGUGAUGGAAAGUGGAAACGACCAACCGACCCGUCCGGGUACUCGAAACCCUCGGGAGCCCCCAGCUCUUUCCCAGUACCAAGAGCUUUAG